GUUUCAGUCUAUUGCAGAAAGAACAGCAAGAAAACACAAAAAGAGAGGGAAAAACAGGGCAGCAAAAAAGGCGAAGGACAAACAGGGUGAACAUGAAGAUCGAAGAGGUUCAAUCUACUACGAAGAAGCAGAGAAUUGCAACUCAUACCCACAUUAAAGGCCUUGGCCUAGAGCUCAAUGGAACAGCAAUGCCCUUGGCCUCAGGGUUUGUGGGUCAGGCUUCAGCCAGAGAAGCUUGUGGCCUUGUCGUUGAUAUGAUUCGCCAGAAAAAAAUGGCAGGGAGGGCGCUUCUGCUUGCUGGACCUCCAGGCACUGGUAAAACGGCUCUCGCCCUCGGCAUUUCCCAAGAGCUUGGGAGCAAGGUUCCUUUCUGCCCAAUGGUGGGAUCAGAGGUAUAUUCAUCUGAAGUAAAGAAGACUGAAGUUUUGAUGGAGAAUUUCCGUCGUGCUAUUGGUCUGCGAGUAAAGGAAAAUAAGGAAGUUUAUGAAGGAGAGGUCACAGAAUUGACACCUGAAGAGACAGGAAGCGAGACUGGUGGAUAUGGUAGAAGUAUUAGCCAUGUUGUUAUUGGGCUGAAAACCGUCAAAGGAACUAAGCAAUUGAGGCUGGAUCCCACAAUAUAUGAUGCACUCAUCAAAGAAAAGGUGGCUGUUGGCGAUGUUAUAUACAUUGAAGCCAACAGUGGAGCAGUUAAAAGGGUGGGCAGGAGUGAUGCCUUUGCCACUGAAUUUGAUCUUGAGGCUGAAGAAUAUGUUCCACUGCCUAAAGGGGAGGUUCAUAAAAAGAAGGAGAUAGUUCAGGAUGUCACGCUGCAUGAUCUUGAUGCUGCAAAUGCAAGGCCUCAGGGAGGACAAGACAUAAUGUCUCUGAUGAGUCAGAUGAUGAAACCAAGGAAAACAGAAAUCACUGACAAGUUACGGAUGGAAGUAAAUAAGGUUGUUAACCGGUAUAUUGAUGAAGGAGUGGCGGAGCUUGUUCCUGGGGUUUUAUUUAUUGAUGAGGUCCAUAUGCUGGAUAUGGAGUGCUUUUCAUAUCUGAAUCGAGCUCUGGAAAGUUCUCUGUCACCAAUAGUUAUUUUUGCAACAAACAGGGGGAUAUGUAAUGUCAGAGGAACCGAUAUGCAUAGUCCUCAUGGCAUACCACUCGAUCUGCUAGACCGCUUGGUGAUUGUACGAACUGUGACUUAUGGUCCAGCUGAGAUGAUACAGAUAUUAGCUAUCCGUGCUCAGGUGGAGGAACUGGUCAUAGAUGAAGAAAGUUUGGCAUACCUUGGUGAGGUUGGACGUCAAGCAUCUUUAAGGUCUGAUAAUAGCUAUUUGGAAAUUUGAUCUGGUAUCUUAAUUUUCAAGCACUUGACACUUCCAAAUUUGCUUGUUCACUCAGGCACGCGGUUCAGUUAUUAUCACCAGCCAGUAUUGUGGCUAAGAUGAAUGGACGAGACAACAUAUGCAAGGCGGACCUUGAAGAAGUGAGCACUCUUUAUCUAGAUGCGAGGGCUUCAGCUAGACUUCUUCAGGAGCAGGAAGGAUACAUCUCAUAAUGGAGAAAUUUGCAGUUGCAUUGCAUUGAGGGAUUCUUUUUGGGUCUGGUGACGUUUUUAGUUUUGGAAGUGUUAUUGCACAAAUUCAUUGAGCUUCUUACUUUUAGAGUGACAGUUUGUCAUGCUGACCACUUUGACAUGGUUUUGGGGCCGUUUGAUCUUCUUACACUGUAAUCCGACCAAACAAGCUCCAUUUCCAAAUUCUAGUAGUAUUAUAUAGCUAAUACUUCUUCUCUUCCACCGCUCUUUAAAACUGGUAUAUGUUUUUUUAUGUAUUUGGGAUAGAAUCUGUUGAUCAAUUUGGUUGGUGAAUAGUAAGCUAAAUGGUUUGAGCCGGAACCGGUUUAUCUGUGUAAAAAUUUCUUUUGUACUGUGUUCCUCAGAACUAGACAGAUUUGAGUUAGAUUCAGAUUUUCAUACUAAAUACUCUCCGGCGUCAAUAUCUUAAGGUACAACUUAAAUAGGACCUGAGAGAAUCUUUUUCAUUCCAGGGAAAGCACAAGCAGGUGACAUUGAAUAUGAUAGCAGCGUAGUGUGUGUAACACACGCCUGCUGUUUGAGUAAUUUGCUUCGCAUUACAUUGCUUCGGUGUCGGUAUGAAGUCAAAAGAGGGCAAUGCAGUUGGCAG